AUGCCUUAUCUUUUUUUCCUUAAUCCCACAAAUGCAUAUGAACUGCCACCUCUGUAUCCCCAUCACCAGAUUCACCACAAACUCCAAAGGAUUACUGUCCCCGAAGGCUUCAUUGUCCUUAGAGCCUCUAAAUGGCUUGCUGCCCUGACUCCAGCACAAAUGAUAACAGCUAAGGAUGAGUAUAUUUGCAUCAAUUGUUGUCAUCCAUCAUCAAGUCUCUUCCUGAAAUACAGUGAUAACGGUAUUCGGCUCACUCCAUGUUUUAACUGCGGCAAAGCUGUAGACGCGUAUAUCGAAUAUGAUAUUGUCUUGUACUGUCACAAGUUAUGCAUUAUUUUUGUGGUAUGCAAUGCCUACAGCAAAUGGAUAAGGCGACGGAUAAUGUCUGGUAAUGAGAACGUUUAUGACUUGGAAUGGAAGUUUUACGAGUGUUUAUUGCAAAGUUUGCUGGAAAUGGUAUCAUUUAUGAUUGUGUUGGCACUAAUGUCGCCUCACAUUUGCACAACACUUUCCGUCAAUAAAACGUUGCAGAUAUUUUGCGUUGGAUCCUAUGGAAAUGUAUUUGCUGUUCUAUCAGUUAUAUGGAAUUUACAUUUUCUAUGGUCGUACAGAGUGCUCACCGAAAUGUUCAUAUUCAUAUCUCAUGUGCAAACACAGCGAGCAUUAUGCAAUAUGGCACUGAGUAGAAGUAUUUUUAUCACUGUGAUGGCCACUCUUAUUUCACGUUCUAUUGGCUUAUUGAUAUAUUCAUUCUGCUUUAUAUGA